CCCUUGCUACAACUAUAACAGUCUGAAUGAGACUUGGAGAGCAACAAACAAUUCUUUCAAUAGUAGCAAUAUAAGGUGUGACUACUUCCAGGGCUGGUACAGGCUGUUCUACAAUGGUCAGAAUGCCCAGAUGCCAGAAUCAUGUGUAAAUCAAUACAUGUGUGGCACUUAUUACCCAAUGUGGCUCAACGGCUCUCAUCCGCGACUGGAAGAUGGGGUGGUCACCCGUCAGGUCUGUGGCUCCGGGUGGAGUGACUGCUGUUCUUACAGUUCUCUCCCUAUACAAGUCAAAGCCUGUCCAGGAAAUUAUUAUGUUUAUGAGUUUGUCAGGCCAGUAACCUGUGGAGCUUACUGUGCAGAUGUCACAAGACUUAGUGCAGCCUCUUCGACAACAGCAGCAACACCAAGAACAGCAACAGCAUCCAUUACUCCAAGAGUCACAGCCAGUGGUUCUACAACUUCCAGCUCUGAUCCAUGCUAUAAUUACACGAUUCUUGAUGAAUACUGGAGAGACAUACAAGCAAACUAUUACUACUCUUCACGUAAUGACAGUCUUGUUGAAUGGAGAGGCUGGUAUCGGCUGUAUCUUGGAGGACUCAGUGCUCAAAUGUCGGAGUGGUGUGUGAGUACUACACGUUGUGGUGGUGAAACUGGAUUGUCUCUCAAUGGUUCUCAUCCAAGACUUGAGGAUGGAGUGGUGACCCGUGAAGUGGUGGGAACUAAUGCUUUGGUGUGGAUGUGGUCGACUUCCUCUUGUGGCAGCUACAAGUCCAACUCCAUUCGAGUCAAAGCUUGUCCUGGAAAUUAUUACGUCUAUGAACUUGUCAAACCCAACGCAUCAAUCCCCAGGCCAAUGUACUGUGCAGUUGCUUUCCAAAACAUCAGCAGUGAUCCCUGCUAUAACUAUAAGUCUCUGGAUCGUCCCUGGAGAGCCAACAAUGAAAGUGGAGGUAGCAUUUGUGAUUAUUCUUUCUCCUGGAACGGCUGGUACCGGCUUUUAUACCGUGGAAUGAACAUACAGUUGCCAGAGACUUGUGUUAGUUCAUACAGAUGUAACACACCGAUCCCCCUGUGGCUGAACGGUCCUCAUCCUCGGAUUGUGGACGGAGUGGUGAUCAGAGAGGUCUGUGGACAGUACGGGACUCAAUGCUGUGAUUACAAACCAAGACCAAUCAGAGUUAAAGCAUGUCCAGGAAAUUACUAUGUCUAUGAACUUGUGAAGCCAAACUGGUGUGCAGGAUAUUGUACAAAUUAUGAUCCAUGCAUUAAUUACAACACACUCAAUGACAGUUGGAGAAACAUACUCAGUUAUGGUUAUGGAUCCAAUGCUAAUUAUGAUGACACAGAUGCUAACUGGGAUGGCUGGUAUCGACUCUUCCUUAAUAGAUUGAGUGCUCAGAUGCCUGAAUGGUGUGUGUCUUACUUGGCAUGUGGAGGUUUUAGUUCUCUGUGGCUUGCUGGCUCUCAUCCUCGACUAGAAGAUGGAGUUGUUACUCGUGACAUUUACGGCUCUUACUAUGAGCAGUGCAGUUACUACCGAUCCGACCCAAUACAAGUCAAAGCUUGUCCGGGAAACUAUUAUGUCUACAAAUUUACCAGGCCAGCUCUUUCAAUCCCAUCUCCUACAUAUUGUUCAGUACGUUUCACCACCCCAAGUGUUGACCCUUGCUACAACUAUAACAGUCUGAAUGAGACUUGGAGAGCAACAAACAAUUCUUUCAAUAGUAGCAAUAUAAGGUGUGACUACUUCCAGGGCUGGUACAGGCUGUUCUACAAUGGUCAGAAUGCCCAGAUGCCAGAAUCAUGUGUAAAUCAAUACAUGUGUGGCACUUAUUACCCAAUGUGGCUCAACGGCUCUCAUCCGCGACUGGAAGAUGGGGUGGUCACCCGUCAGGUCUGUGGCUCCGGGUGGAGUGACUGCUGUUCUUACAGUUCUCUCCCUAUACAAGUCAAAGCCUGUCCAGGAAAUUAUUAUGUUUAUGAGUUUGUCAGGCCAGUAACCUGUGGAGCUUACUGUGCAGAUGUCACAAGACUUAGUGCAGCCUCUUCGACAACAGCAGCAACACCAAGAACAGCAACAGCAUCCAUUACUCCAAGAGUCACAGCCAGUGGUGUGAGGGAUCACUGUUCUGAGCUCAGUUGCUCUGAGGAUGAACACUGUGGGGAAAAAAAUGGUGUUUAUGGCUGUUUAUGUAACACGAACCAUUCCAGGUGGAAUUCUGAAUCUUUCGAUUUCUCAGAAACCUGUGAAAGCAGCUCUGGCUCCAUGUCUGUGUCUCGCUGUCAGCUCUUUGAGGCUGGUUUUUCAGCUGAUAUCUUACAUCUUAAUGAUCCAAGCUGUAAAGGAGCAGUGCGCAAUGGCAGAGUGGAAUUUAAUUUUGACAACAAUGAACACAUCUGUGGUACUAACCUUGUGGCCAAUGGCACCCACUUCAUCUAUGAUAACUUCAUUCUGGGAACACCGAGGACAGAAGGCCUCAUCAGCAGAGAGAAGGUUCUGAAGCUUUCUUUCAGCUGUGCUUACCCCCAAACACAAACUCUUUCCAUGAAUAUGGAAAUCAACCCACUGGAGAGCAUUGUGCACAAGAGCCUUCCAGCGGGUGAAGGCAGAUAUCGUGUUCGGAUGAUUCCAUAUCAGGACGAUGAGUUUACCCUGCCCUUCACUGGUAGUGUGGAUGCGGAGCUCAACCAGGAGAUGCAUGUGGAAGUUCGCGUUGAGGGGGUUGACAGUCGACAGUUUGCCCUGGUGAUAGACACAUGUUGGGCUACACCUGUGAAUGACCCUGAUUACAGUCUCCGCUGGGAUCUCAUCGUUCAAGAGUGUCCCAAUCCAAAUGAUGACACAGUUGAGCUGCAGCAGAAUGGCGUCUCGACAUCCAGUCGUUUCUCCUUCAGGAUGUUUAUCUUCACUGCAAACUCCACUAAGCUUUACCUGCACUGUGCUGUUCAGCUUUGCCUUCUGUCAAGCAAUCACUGUUCAGUGAACUGUAACUCUGGGCAGCACUGGAGAAAGUGCAGGUCUCUGGACUUCCACGACAGUUCUUCCAUAUCCAUGGGUCCUCUAAUGUUGUCAGAAGGAAACACAGAUAAGUGGGUCAAAGACCCAGUGAAGGUAUCCAAGGCUUCUUCUGUGUGUGCUUCUCUGAUGCUGUUGUUUGUCUUUAUGAUGAGUGUCUUGAUCCUCUUUUAAAAUAUUUCUGUGAGAAAAUUGGAAGCAUUUAACAUGCAUAUAAUCUAAUGUCAUUGUAAUUAAGGUUGCACUGAUGUCACACUGGUUGUGGGUUUCUAAAGGUUUCUUUACUUCAUAGCAGUUAUAACUCUGGUAUUAUAAGAGAAUUGUUGUUUUAAUCAGUUUUAUUAAAUAUGCAUACUACUAUAUUAAUAUUACGGUAUUUUACUUGAGA